AUGGGGCUACAUCUUCCCCUGGAGAUACUGCAUUUGAUCGCGAUUUAUUUGCAGGACGCAAAGGCCUCUCUGGUUAUAUGCACUCGAGUAUGCCGUGAGUGGCAGGUGGCUUUCGAGGCAUUAAUCUACUCCCGACCGAUCCACGUGAUAAGUGCUGAUGGAGUCAGCAAAGAUGACUGUGAGAGGUCUAUGUCGUUGAGUCACUUUCAGAACGUGACCUCUGGGAAAGGACUUGCCCGGCGAGCCUUGAUCCAACAUUUGAGCUACCACAUUGUGGUUCCUAGUGAUCUCCCGGAUUGGCAGACUCGCAAAAGAAAAGGAUACAAAGUCGAAAACAACAUUCGUCAUGAGAAUGAUCUUGCAUUUCAGUCCGCAAUAUUGGACCUCUUCAAAACGCUGAAAUGGUGGGAUCCUUAUCUGCGCCUUUCGGUUGAGGUGGCGCUGCUAGGUCGCGAACCCGGAAUAGAGCCUCACACAUAUGAUUGGGAUAUCGCAGGCGAAUACUGCUAUGAUUAUAAGGAAGGAAGGACGCAGUCAGUCCCUGUCUACCGGGCACGAUUCCUAGACAACGCAGCGUCCUUUCUCCCGGAUGUCGCCUGUAUCGACCGUCUUUGCUUUGAUGAUGACUUUCCUUUCCAUCGAAUAUGGGCCGGAUCGGCCCUGCAAAUUGCUCAGCGCUGUAGCACUCUUACUCAGAUGAUAUUGAAUCUCGAUGAGUAUAUCCGUCCAGAUCACAUUGAAUAUAUCCAAGCAAGGCGUCAAGCUCUGGCCGACGGUCUUGUGAAGAUGCCACGUAGUCUGAGAACAUUCCAGCUUCUCAAUGAGAUGGAAUGCCCUUGGAAAGAUAUGAUGGCGGGAUUGAAUGUGCUUCGUUCGCCUAUCGACUUUCUCUCGCAGAACAUCCUAGGUCUGAGUCUAUCACUCAGAGAGUUAAGGAUUAGCCAACUAUCGCUCGCACCAGACGUUCUGUUUCCUCUGGAUACAGAAAACCAUCCCUUGUCGACUUCCCAGUCCUUAUACUGGCCUUCAUUGGAAGUAGUAGAGCUGACUGGAGUACCUCCAAGGCUUCCUUCAGGCCAGUGGGUUGUACAUCCAAUACCCGAAGACCAAAUAGAAAUCGACGAAAUCGAGGACUGGGAGAGGGUUAUCUGUGACUUGGAAGAAGGAACAAUUUCCCGCCCGAUUUUUGACAACGACCAUUUCCACCGAACCCUAAUUUCUUUAGGCAACGCAGCUCGUCUGAUGCCCCGUUUGAAGUACAUGCUGUACGAGCUUUCACAUAGUCCGAACUUUCGAUUUCAAUUUGAGCCCAAUGCCUCAUCUGGAAAGGCAGCGUGGCAGCUUCGUUGUCCAGAUCUCUAUCAUCCAAAUCAAUUGGUAGCGGAUGCCUGGAAAUGUCCGUUGGCGGAGCUAGAUGCGGACUUGCCUGCGAAAUUUAUCAAAACGACUAUUGAGAACUGGGACCAACACGGAGUCAAAUCUUAG